AUGGCGGACAAGCCAGACAUCACUAAGACCUUCUCACCAGACGACGGCGUCAUCGAGGGCUUCACACACCAUGCAGAGGAUAUCACAGCAGAUCGGGAGCCAUACGGGCCACCUGGUCUGCGUGGACUAGCAAGUAAUCCCUUUGUCCUGAUGUGUGCAGCAUGCUCAACGCUGGGUGGUUUGAUUUUCGGAUAUGAUCAAGGUGUCGUAUCUGUUAUUCUGGUGAUGGAACAAUUCCUCGGCGAAUUUCCACGCAUUGCAGGCUCAAGUGCCGGAUUCUGGAAAGGCCUUUUGACAGCGAUGAUUGAACUGGGUGCACUUAUUGGUGCCCUGAACCAGGGGUGGAUCGCAGAUAAGAUCUCGCGCCGCUACUCGAUUCUCGUCGCUGUUGCAAUUUUCACGGUUGGCUCGAUUUUGCAGACUGCUGCUGUGAGCUACGCCAUGUUGGUGGUGGCUCGCUUGAUUGGAGGGUUGGGGAUUGGCAUGCUGUCCAUGGUGGCACCACUGUAUAUUUCUGAGAUUAGUCCCCCGGAAUGUCGUGGAACACUGCUCGUUCUUGAGGAGUGGUGCAUUGUGCUUGGUAUCGUGAUUGCUUACUGGAUCACGUAUGGUACUCGGUACAUGGCGGGAGAAUGGGCAUGGCGUCUGCCUUUCCUGCUACAGAUGCUCCCUGGAUUUAUUCUCGUCGGUGGGGUGGUGCUUCUGCCCUUCUCACCUCGAUGGCUUGCCUCUAAGGGCCGGAAUGAAGAGGCUUUGCAGAGUCUCUGCAAGCUGCGAAAUUUACCUGCCACUGACCGACGCAUCCGCCAGGAAUUCAUGGAUAUCCAAGCGGAAGUGCAGUUCCACCAAGAAAUGAGUGCUGAGAAGCAUCCCAAUCUGCAGAGUGGAUCAGCAAAGGACUCCUUUCUUCUGGAGCUUGCAUCCUGGGCCGAUUGCUUCAGGAAGGGAUGUUGGCGACGAACCCACGUUGGUAUCGUUAUCUGUUUCUUCCAACAAUUCGUUGGAAUUAACGCUCUGAUCUACUACUCCCCUACUCUAUUCGGUACUAUGGGUCUUGAUUCUAGUAUGCAGCUUGUGAUGUCUGGUGUUCUCAAUGUUCUUCAACUAGUUGGUGUCACAACUAGUAUCUUCACCAUGGAUAGCAUUGGCCGACGCAAACUGUUGAUGAUGGGAUCUGCCCUCAUGGCCAUCGCCAUGAUCAUCAUCGCAGUCCUAGUUGGAGUAUACAGCUCUGAUUGGUCUUCGCACCAGGCACAAGGAUGGACUAGCGCUGCCUUUUUACUUUUCUACAUGGUUGCGUUUGGAGCUUCUUGGGGUCCAAUUCCCUGGGCCAUCCCAGCCGAGAUCUUCCCUUCCUCGCUUCGUGCGAAGGGUGUUGCGCUGGCUACCUGCUCCAACUGGUUUAACAAUUUUAUUAUCGGUCUAAUCACUCCUCCACUUGUUGAGGACACUGGAUACGGCGCAUAUGUUUUCUUCGGCGUCUUCUGUGUGCUCUCUGGUAUUUGGACUUACUUCUUUGUUCCUGAGACCAAGGGACGGUCGCUUGAGCAGAUGGAUCAUGUCUUCAGGGAUAACUCCAGCGAGUAUGAAAAGGCCCGUCGCACUGCUAUUGAGGCAGAGCUUCUCGAACGAGAACUGCUGAAUCCUCACCGCGAGGCUGUAUAA